ACUCUCCUUCGUAGUUGAAAUUGAACUCGCUGGCCGCCUGUGUAUAGUCCAGUACUUCCAGCUAGAAUCUGAAAGAAACUCGUCACCAGCUCGAUCUCGUCCUUCCUCCCUUCGCUCGACUCCUCUGCUUCUCCCCCAUCCGGUACGUGCGGUGCGGGGAGGCUAGCCGGGCGGCCGGAGCUCCAACCGCAAUCGGUCUCUUGCUCUGCUGCUGCGAUGGAGGCGUCGUCGUUGGCGCUCGUGGCCGCCGUGCUCCUCCUGUCCUCCACGCUUGCCGCGUCAGAUUUCUGCGUGUGCAGUUCGGACCAGCCGACGGCGGUGCUGCAGAAGGCGAUCGACUUCGCGUGCGGUCCGCAGGGGGGCGCCGACUGCACGGCCAUCCUGCAGGGCGGCGGGUGCUACAGCCCCAACACCGUCGCCGCGCACUGCUCCUGGGCCGCCAACAGCUACUACCAGAACAACAAGGCCAGGGGCGCCACCUGCGAUUUCGGCGGCGCCGCCGCCGUCUCCACCACAGACCCCAGUUUCUCCGGGUGCACUUUCGCUUCCAGUGCCACCAGCGCUGGCGCUGGGACCGGGACGGCGGGUACCACCACCGGCACCACGACCGCGGGCGGUGCGACGACGGGCACCCUGAGCCCUGGCGUGGGCAUCGGCGGCCUCAACGGCACGGGGAUGGGCGGCAGCACCGGCCUGGGACCGGCGGACAACACCCUGGACGCCGCCGCGCCCGGCCUGCUCCCCGGCGCCGCAUCCCUCGCCGCCGCCGCCGCCGCCCUCUCCUUGCUCGCCCUGCUGCAGCAUUGAUUACGUGGGCUAGCUGCUUGCUCUGUGGUCCGUGAAAAAGAAAGGGGGCACGGGGGAUUGUACUGGAGAAUGUGAAUUGGUUCGGUUGGUUGGAGGACGGAUCCGAUUUCACUUCACCCAUCUUUGUUAGUAGUGGCAGGCGGUGGUUGGGGGCGGUGUAUUCUUUCUUUCUUUUCCUUAUGCCUUUUUGAUGUAUGGUUUAUUUAGCGGUAGGAUGCCAGUCUCUUUCCUACAAGGACCAUUGUCUCUCCUCUCUCUCUCUUUCUUUUUAAAUUUUGUUUAUUUAUAAAAGUUGUACUUGCUAUCCUCUUUUCUUAACCUCUCUGUUUUUAUUAGACCAGUUUCAA